UAUUAUUAUUUAAUUAAUUUAUAUUUAUUACUACAUCUCUCCGACGAACAUUGACCGACGACGUUACCAGCAUUAUGUGCACCGAACGGUACCAAUGCGCCACGUAGUGCUCAGAAAACGGAGCAUAACGCGCAUUUUAGUCGUAAGCAAAUCCCGGAGCGUAGUGCGCACCGGAUGGCGUCGCCGCGGUAAAUUUUCCAAAACUCAAAACCUCGCUCUCGUCCCCACUAGAUCUCCGCAGCCGCGGCACCGGCUCUCCGGACCCAAACCUCCCCUAAAUUCAGAAGGAAAAGCCCCAAAAAUCUAGCGAAAUAAGCUGAAUUUUGAGGAAAUUUAUCUUGAACUACAGGAUUAUCGCCGCUCCUGUUCUAUCGAUUCGAUCCUCACUCAUCUGAAGCUCAGAAAUAUCUCUAGAUUUGAAUCUGCUCACACAUUUUGAUUCUUGAUUUGUCUGAUCGAGGUUGUCGUUUCAUUUUCUGUACGUUUUUUUUUUGGCCUUGGCUUGCUUUGUUUGAUCUUUGUUGUAUGGAUUUUGUGUGUUUGCUGUCCAUUCGCCUGUUUCUUCCUGGCUUCAUUUGAUUAGAUCAUGAGAUGGUUUGAUUGAUGGCUUCGAUCCGAAGAACUCUAUCGCCGGCGUAUCAUGAUCGGUCGUAUCAGAACGGAGGAACUGCAUUAUCGGUGUCUUCGCCGUCUCACAAGUUUCUCUCCGAUUCAAGACAGUCGUCGCCGGUGCCGUAUUUCACCACAUUUGUUAACGAAGGGCGUAAAUUUCUCGCGGGUGUUUUUCUCCGGCGACGAAAAGGCCGCCAGGGAUUGCAGCAAUGGAUUUUUCGGUGUGUGAUUUUUUUCUUACUUGGAUUCUUGGGAGGCAUGACGCCGUUCGGCCAUGUAGAUGAUAUAAGGAGUAAUGAUUUCUCGUUUGAUAUCAAACAACCGCCGGUUAACGUGAAAUUGGAUCGCGGGCGGCUUCUUGAACGCGAGGAUUUUGUGGUGGAGACGGUGAAUUUAGGUGUCGAGACGCGGGUAAAUAUGAAAGAGAGGUUUGAUUUUGUGCCGCGGAAACAGUUAAUUGUGGUGACUCCCACUUAUAAUCGCGCACUUCAGGCAUUUUACUUGAAUAGAUUGGGCCAGCUGCUCAGGCUAGUUCCGCCACCGCUGCUGUGGAUUGUGGUUGAGAUGAGCUCGGCUUCCAUGGAAACUGCAGGGAUACUGAGAAAUACCGGUGUCAUGUAUAGGCAUCUUGUGUGCACCCAGAAUUCUUCGAAUGUGAAGGACAGAGGUGUUCAUCAGCGUAACACUGCUCUCGAGCACAUUGAACGUCAUAAACUUGAUGGGGUUGUUUACUUUGCUGAUGAUGAUAAUAUGUACUCACUUGAGCUGUUUGAAAGCAUGAGAGAAAUCAGCCGCUUUGGCAUUUGGCCUGUUGCCAUGCUUGCAAAAAGCAAAAACAAGGCGAUACUGGAAGGUCCAGUAUGCAAUGGAAGUCGAGUAAUUGGAUGGCACACAAAUGAGAAAAGUAAGAGACUUCGUCGAUUCCAUGUUGAUAUGUCAGGAUUCGCAUUUAACAGCACCAUCUUGUGGGACCCAAAGAGGUGGAAACGUCCCACUUCAAAUCCAAUUCGACAGUUGGACACAGUCAAAGAGGGUUUCCAGGAGACAACAUUUAUAGAACAAGUGGUGGAAGAUGAAAGUCAAAUGGAAGGUACGUCGCCUGCUUGUUCAAGGAUAAUGAACUGGCAUCUCCAUUUUGAAGCUCAUGAUGUUGUGUAUCCUAGAAGCUGGCUGCUUCAAAAGAACCUUGAUGUUAUUCUCCCAAUUAAGUGAUGGAAUUCAAAGCUUUGUUCUCCAGAGCCCGAGGCAGUUCUGCAUCUUAUCGUGGUGGCUUUUCAUUUUAGCAGAUUGCACACCACCACCACCAAGAGGUCGUCUUGCAGAUGCAAAGCUGGCAACAAGAAAUGGGAGUUGUCUUAAUUGAAGAAAAUUUCUUCUUUUGCUUAGACAAUUUCAUUUUGUUUAGAGUGAUUGUGCCUGCUCUUUGGGGCUUAAAUUUUCUUGAGCAAGUUCUGGCCCACCCCCUUCACAACGGAAGGCGUUUGUGCUGAUUUGCGUUGUAUACUUUUUGUCCGGAGGUUACAAAAUUAAGUACCAAAGGUUACAUGUGGAAAAUAGUGCUACAAAUUUUCUUCA